GCAUCGCUUCUCGUCGGCCUUGUGCCCAAGAUCAAAGUGCACUUAGUUUGCAGCCAUCCCGCCAGCGUCGUAGGUAGGAUCGUCGCUGCCGUUCUCAUCCCCCGACGACACAACACACAAGUACUAGAGGCUUGAUCAUGGAGACACACGGUGGUCUCUCUUCCCGCGAGCCCCUCUGCGCCUCCACACACUGCGAUCCACGGACCGCGGAGCUGCUGUGGAGUUCGGGCUCCUUCGCGGAGACGUGGCCGCAUUACGGCUACAGUAGCGGCAGCGACCUGGAGCUCGUGGUGCGAGAGGAAUUCGCGCGGGUUCGAGGAAUCACUUACCUUGAUCAUGCUGGUACAACAUUAUUUGCAGAAUCACAAAUUAAUGGAUUCUUCCAGGAUUUAUGCGGAAAUGUCUAUGCUGUUGUGUAUUUUCUUCAUCCAAAAGGAAAUCCACACAGUCACAACCCCAGCAGCAGGCUGACGCACGACACAGUGGAACGUGUCCGCUACCGGAUCCUCCAGCACUUCAACACCAACCCUGACUCGUACACCGUGGUCUUCACCUCGGGCUGCACAGCAGCUCUCAAGCUGGUGGCCGAGUGCUUCCCUUGGCAACACAGGGGUCACUUCUCUUAUCUGACAGACAACCACACUUCAGUGGUGGGCAUGCGUGGACUGGCGACCCGGAUGGGGGCAACCGCUCUCCCUGUGACACCAGAGGAGGUGGAAGGGAGAGCUGGAGAAUGUGUGAAUCCCAAGAACCAUGAGAUACCUCAUCUCUUCUGCUUCCCUGCUCAGAGCAACUUCUCUGGGAGGAAAUACCCCGUGUGGCACGUGAGGGGUGUUCAGGCAGGGAAGCUCUACCCCUCGUGUGCCUGGGGGGGUAGGUGGUUUGUACUGCUGGAUGCCGCGGGCUUGGCCAGCUGUUCUCCUCUUGAUCUGCAGGAGACUCCUGCAGACUUUGUGUCCAUCUCCUUCUACAAGAUGUUUGGUUUCCCCACGGGAAUCGGGGCACUGCUCGUGCGCAACACUGCUGCUGCUGUUCUCAGCAAGAGCUACUUUGGAGGAGGAACAGCCGCCGCCUACCUGGCCGGGGAGGACUUCUUCAUACCAAAGCCCACGAUUGCUGACAGGUUUGAAGAUGGCACCAUAUCCUUCCUGGACAUUGUAGCUGUUCACCAUGGCUUUGACACCCUGCAGAGGCUCACUGGGGGCAUGGAGAGGGUCCAGCUACAUACCUUCGGGCUUGCGCGUCACACCUUCGUGAUGCUGUCCUGUCUUCGCCAUGGUAACGGGCAGCCAGUGGCCCAGGUCUAUUCCCACACUGAGUAUGAGGACCCCUCCACCCAGGGAGCCAUUGUGAACUUCAACCUGUUGGAUGCUCAAGGGACUGUUGUGGGCUACUCAUGGGUGGGCAAACUCGCUAGUCUGUUCAACAUUCAGCUACGAACUGGCUGCUUCUGCAACACAGGGGCCUGUCAACAGCACCUGUCCAUGAGCAACCAGCAGGUGAAAAGCAACCUCCAGGCAGGUCACGUGUGUGGGGAUGACAUAGACAUGAUUGAUGGGCAGCCCACAGGUUCCGUGCGUGUGUCCUUUGGCUACAUGUCCACAUUUCAGGACUGUCAGAUGCUCCUAAGGUUCGUUGUGAAUUGUUUUGUACAUAAGCCUGUCAAGAUAGACGAGGCUCGACUGGACAAACUGCGAUCAGCCUCUCGUGGCCAAAGCUGCUCUACCAGUCCCCAAAACCCAUCUACGUUCGAUUCUACCAAUCCUCAAAACCUGUCUACAGUGAACUGCAUCGGUCAUUAUAGGCCAUCGACUCUGUCCCCCAGCCUCCAAAGCCCUUGUACGGUGGACUACAUCAGUCCCCAAAAGCCAUCUGCAGUGGACCCCAAAAGUCCUCAGAGAAUUCAAGAAGGGCCACAUUCUUUCCCUGUUGCUGUUAAUGUGGAUUCUCCCCUUUGGAGAACCAAGAACAGAACCCUGAGCCGCAUCUUUUUAUAUCCCAUCAAGUCCUGUGCGGCAAUGGAGGUGGAUCAUUGGCCACUUGGACCCCUUGGCCUGCAGUAUGAUCGGCUCUGGAUGGUGGUCAACAUCAACGGUGUAUGCAUGAGCCAGAAGCAGGAGCCUCGAUUAUGUCUCAUCAAACCGACUGUCCACUGGGCCAGCAGAGAGCUCCACCUAUAUGCUCCAGGACUAAAACCUGUGUCUGUUCCUCUGGAGGGUUGUGGCCAGCAGUCUCCUGCCAUCCAGCUGUGUCAAAGCAAAGUUUGUGGAGACAGAGUUCAGAUUGUAGACUGUGGUGAUUCUGCAGCCAACUGGCUCUCUGAGUUCCUAGAGAAACCCUGUCGUCUAAUCCGACAAAACCCCUGCUUCACCAGGGGAAUGCGGAGGGCACAAGAGAAAGAGCCAGAAGAGCCUGCGGCUGCACUGUCUCUGGCAAAUGAAGCCCAGUAUCUGAUUAUUAACACAGCCAGUGUGGAGGUUCUGCAGAAACGCAUUAUGAGCAGACAGGGCCCUGAUGCCCAGACAUUUGACAUCCAACAGCUCAUAAGCCGUUUCCGUGCCAAUCUGGUCAUCAAUGGAGCAGAAGCAUUUGAAGAAGAUGACUGGGGACAAGUGCAGAUUGGUAACUCGGUCUUCCAGGUGGUUGGCCAGUGUGAAAGGUGUCACAUGAUUGGGAUCGACCAGGACACAGGUGCUCGUACACUGGAACCACUUCUCUCACUGUCUGCCUGCCACAAGGGAAAGGUCACUUUUGGUGUGUACCUGGUCCACAGGACAACAAGGAACAUGUGUAACUCUUCAGCCUUGUGUGUAGGAUGUCCUGUCAACCCACAGCUUUCCACAGAUGUUUCAUCUCGUUGAAGUUAACUAUUGGAGGAAAAAAAACCUACAACUGCUGGUACUUUCAUCACAAGUGUUGCGCAUGAUCACCAGGUUCUGCCUUUUUGUGACUAAUAUUUUGUGCUUUUGCUCUCAAUUUAAUGAGCAAACUUGACUACAGCUUUGUUUACUUAUCUAAAAACAUAGAGAUUUGUAAAGGUGCAUAGUUUUGAAUGUUUCAAAAGUAUGUAGUUUCCUUAAAAAUUGUCAUUGAAAUUUUUAUGUCUCAUUUUCUUCUUGUUUUUCCUGAAAGCCUUUCUUGAAGGUACAGGGAAAAGCAUUUUCAGCUGCACAUGUGCUCCUGAUGCAUGGUUCUGACACCCAAGCAGUGAGAGAGCAGUUACUUUGCAUAUUGAUGCAUUUCUGAUUUAACUGAUGGUGACAAGUAAAAUCUGUUGUAAUAUGCAUAAGAUGUACCUAUGUUUCGGACUUGGUGAGGACAAGAUAAGGGUUAUUUAUGUCCUACUAUGUAAAACCAUAGAACUGAAAGGGUGCAGAAUUUCAUCACUGUUCAUAAUGGCACAGUUUUAAAACUUUCAUUGUCUAGAAACCUGA